AUGAGCAAGGUCGAGAACAUGGAUCCUGUCUGGGACGACCUCGAUAGGACUAUGGGCCAACUGUUCAUGAUGGGCUUCGAUGGCACCUCGGUCACUCCCCACAUUCGUACGCUGAUUGAGGAACAUCAUGUUGGCUGCAUACUACUUACUGCCAAGAAUUUGAAAUCGGCCGAAGAUACUACCCAGCUUAUCUAUGAGCUACAGAAGAUUGCUCACGAUGCGGGCCACCCUGUUCCUCUGGCCAUUGGGAUCGAUCAGGAAAAUGGCGGCGUUAACAGUCUUUUCGAUGACAUCUACAUCCGCCAAUAUCCCAGUAACAUGGGAAUGGCAGCAACAGGCUCGACCGAGUUGGCUUUCGAAGUAGCCAAGGCGACUGCACAGGAGAUUGCUGCGUGUGGCAUUAACUGGAUCUUCGGUCCGUGUCUGGAUGUACUCACCAAUGCACGCAACCAGCCUUUAGGGGUAAGGACGGCUGGUGACGAUCCCCAGGAAGUUUCUGCCUUUGGCUGCGCCUUCAUGGCAGGCUACAAGGACGCCGGGGUGGUGACUUUGGGUAAACACUUUCCUUCUUACGGUAAUCUGGAGUUUCUAGGCUCAACACUUGACGUUCCGAUCAUCACAGAAUCCUUAGAGCAACUUAGCCUAAGCGCUCUGAUACCAUUCAAGAAGGCUAUUGAGAGAGGCCUUGAUUCCAUGAUGGUUGGUGGCUGCGCCAUGUCAUCGGCCGGACUGAAUGCGAUGCAUGCUUGUUUGUCUGAGCAAGUUGUCGACGAACUCCUUCGAACAGACCUGAAGUUUGAUGGUGUCGUGGUCUCGGAGUGUUUGGAGAUGGAUGCUCUCAGUCACAACAUUGGUGUAGGCGGCGGCACAGUGAUGGCGGUCAAUGCUGGCUGCGAUGUGGUACUUUUAUGUCGAUCCUUCUCGCUUCAACAAGAAGGGCUGAAAGGCCUCAAGACUGGCAUCGAGACGGAGAUGGUCUCGAAAGAGCGCAUCUUCAAUUCACUCAGACGCGUGCUAGCCAUGAAGAAGAAGUGCACAUCAUGGGAAAAAGCCUUGAACCCGCCGGGCAUCAACUACCUGGAAAAGCUGCAGCCUUCGCAUACUGCACUAUCGACCAAAGCGUAUAACAGCUCCAUCACAGUCGUCCGAGACAAGAAUAGACUUUUGCCGCUAACAAACAUACUUGAGAGCGAAGAAGAGCUUCUUCUGCUGACACCGCUUGUGAAGCCCUUGGCUGCAUCAGCGGCGUCACGAGCAAUAUCUGAUGCUGCUAACGGCGCGGCAGGCCAUUCGCCAGAGCCUGCUGUAUGGGAUCGGAGCUCGUCAGUAAUGAGUGGGGAACGAGUCUUUAGAGAACUGGGCCGUUCUCUCGCCAGGCAACGCAACGGGAGACUACUUCACACAUCUUACACUGCAAACGGUGUUCGCCCAGUCCAUGAAAAUCUCAUUAAUCGGGCAAGUGCAAUCAUCGUACUUACGGCUGACGCCAACCGGAAUCUGUACCAGCAUGGUUUCACCAAGCAUGUCUCAAUGAUUUGCAACAUGCAGUACACGACUGGUGGCGAGAGGCGCGAAAAACCUUUGAUCGUCGUGGCAGUUUCAAGCCCGUACGAUUUUGCAAUCGAUACAUCGAUUGGGACAUACAUAUGCACCUACGAUUUCACAGAGACAGCACUCAACUCCCUCGUCAGGGUACUGUAUGGCGAAUUGACUCCUUCUGGAACACUACCGGGCACUAUCAGUAAGAGCCAAAAGCUCCAUCCAAGCAAGCAGCAUUGGUUAGUCGAGAUCUUCAACGAAGAGCGAGACGGAAACGCUCUGGAUACGUUAGUCGCAGCUGUCGUUGAAAGCACAGCUCCGAGCCAACGGUCAGAGAUGGCAAGCGCGACGUCAAAUUCAUUCAUCCUGCACCACCCGGAAGUAGAAGAAUCACACUUCGUCGUCAGAAACAGCAGCACACAAGCACUCUAUGGAUUCUGCUCGACCUACUUCUUCAAGGCCACAGGCACCGGUGUGAUUGGGGCUCUGUUUGUAGAUCCAGCAAGGAGAAAGCUCUCGAUUGGUCAUUCGCUGCACAACCGAGCUAUUCGUACACUUCUGCAGAAGGAGGGUAUCAAGAGAUUUCAGCUUGGGUCACGCCUCCCAAGUAUGUAUCUUGGAAUCCCAACCGGACAUGGAAAUGAGCGCAAACGACUUCGAUCGUGGUUUGCUCAGCUUGGCUGGGGCGCAGCACUUUCUCGUCCCGUCUGUAACAUGGUUGCGCGCAAUUUGCAGACAUGGACUCCGCCCACAGGCAUGGCCAAGAGUCUAGCAAGUGCAGGAGCACAAUUUGACCUUGUGUACGGAUGGGAUUAUGCAGGACCUAUUCUUGACCAUAUCAAGACGAGCAAUCGCCAAGGCUUAGCGGAGGUGUACAAGCUUGCCCUCACAGACCCGACAGCUUGUGGUAUCAUUCGGGCAAAACGACCAGAAGACGGCGCGUUGGUGGGUACUGUUGUGCUUUACAAUAGCCACUCGCGACUUGCUGAGUACAUACCUCCGCUGAAGCACCUCAACGAGGCGGCUGGAGGUAUUUCCUCACCCGUCAUAUCACCUGGAGUAGGAGAGUACUCGACACUACUGCAGGGGCUGAUCCUUCUUGGCAUGCGGCAGAUCAAGCAGCUGGGGUGCAACGCAUGCUUGCUCGACUAUAUGGACGGAGACGGCAACUUCGACGGCUUUUCGGCAAUGGGAUUCGAUGUCAUGCAUAACUUUGAGGAAGUUAGCUGCGAUGCUGCGACAUGGACUAUGAUCCCGCCCGCAUGA